AUGGAGACGUUUAUGAUGUCCCAAGCGUUCACUCAAACUUCACAACCUCGACGAGGAGGUGGAACUGAGAAAUUUGUCGAUGCGCUAAUUAAAUUUAGGCAAAAACAUCCUGAUAAUCUGAAUUCAGUGUCCGAAACGUCGAAAAAUGCAGUAAUCACAAAUCUAGGGAUUCUCAAUAAUGAUAACAAAUGGUCAUCCUUGGAACGGCUCCUUGUUCAAAUGUGUUCCGAUGAUCGUGGAGGCCGAAUGUUUGAGUUUACCCACUCGAUUUUCACACUUCUUUCGAUAUUACCGAAUCCUACAGACGCAGAGAAUCUCUCAAUCCGAACUAUCAAAUUUCUUUUAAAUACUCUUACAAAAGCAACUGUUUCGGUGCCAAAUUUCUUCGGAAUGUACAAUGAUUUGAUGGUACAAGUAGAAAAUAUCUCAAAUUAUGGACUCACUCAGCUCGUAGAUUAUGUUUCAAUUAUGCUGAAAAGAGCGAAUGAAUGGAAAGAUCAAGCUGAAGGAGAAGCAGAUGAUACUGAAAAUGUUGCUAGAGGGAAAAAUAAUAAUUCAAAAAUGUCAUUCAAUCAACGAUGGAAGGAUUUUGUAGCAGUUUUUAUAAAAAAAGUUAGGGAUAUCGAUCAGAUUGAACUUGACGAUGAACUUCUUCCCGGAUCAGAUGCUGCAGAUAAUAUUUUGUUCGAAUGGCUCAAAACUACAGAAGACGUUGAUGCAUUUGAACUUAUUUCUGAAAUCUCGGCUUCUUCAUCUUCUGGAAUAACCACACCAAGUAUUGAUAGAUUUUGUGAUGAAGUCAUUGUGGAAAAAAUCGGCAUCGAUACUUCAUCGGAUGAUAUGGAUUCCGAAAGAAAAAGAAGAUCAAUAAUGACAUGGAAAUCAUUGAUUUUAACAACAAAAACUGAAAAGGAACGACUUGGAAGACUAUGGAAUGGAAUAAUUUGUGCUUGGGAAAUUAGUGAAGAUGAGGAGAAAGAGAAAAUGGAGCAAAGGAAGAUAUCAGAGCAUUUGGAAAAAUGUCUAACUGUUGGCCAUCGAAUUUUGAACAUUAAUGUCGAAUCGGCGAAGAAAUUUCUUACAUUUAUCAGAACCGACAAGUACAGAGUUCUGAGUAGUGAGUUUGGUCUCUGCCUUUGUCUGAUACAAUGCUGCCUUGAUAGAAAUGAUGCCAUGAUGGAUAUGAAGAAAACCUUUCAGAAACUAUGGAAAAUUGGAGAACAAGCUGAAGAAUGUUUAUGGAUGUCAGAUAUUGUUUGUGGACGGAUUAUACGGCUUGUUGAUCUUCAACUUCGAAUUAUUUCGGAAAAUCUUCAUUCUAACGAGAAUCUUCGUCGUAUUCUUAGUCGCCCAUUGAUCUCUCUAAUGCUUUCUCUUCUCGAUACUCCUGCUUAUCAAAAACAAGUGGUCGUAGUAGAUGGACGAGUUGCAGAUGGAUGUACUCUUUGGCUUCUUAGUAGAGAUAUUUUGAUUAUUGUAUCACAAGCUGAUGUUGAUAUGGGAGCACAACUUUCACAUCUCUUCAAGUCUAUUGCAUCUUCAUCAAAUAAUUCUUCAGCUCUGAUCUUGAUAGAUGUGCUCCGCGAGCUUGUGCGCAAGUGUUCUGUAGAAAUUCUGAACAAUUCGAAACUCAUCGAUGGGCUUUUUGAUUAUGUAUGUCGGAUGCGUAAGGAUAUUGCUGUAUCUCUAAUCAGAUGUCUUAUUCCAAUUAUCAAUACGAGACCACAGUUAAGAAAUGCACUAUUCAAAAGUCUGAAGAAAGAUUUACUGUGUGAAUCAACCGUAGGCUCGGCUGUUCCAAUUGUGCUCAUUCUUCUCCGUAGUGUAAGCAAACGACGUGAAGAUGGUGGAGGUGGACAGUUUGAUCACUCAAUGUCACAAUCAUUUGGAACAUUCAGUACCCAAACUCUGAACAGUAUGGGAUUGAAAAAGAAUGUUGAUCAAACAGUUGGACUCGAAUUGGUUGGAAUCAUUAAAAGAUGCCUCUGGCAACCAGUGAAGACGAAAAUCGCGUUGUAUGAUGGCAUUUGUGAACUUGCAACACAGACUUCCACAAUGCUUAAUCAAUUCCUAGAUAUGAUUUUAUCACAUGCAAGAAUGAUUCCAGAAUGGAAAAAAUCAGAGAUGACAGUUUCAAUUGGAAAUAUUGUACAAAUAGUUGAACCAAUUCCUCAUUUGAUUCAAACUAUGGAAUGUCUUAUGAGUGAAUUAUUAUCACACGAUCCGGAAUUUAAGUUGGAAGGUACUGAACUUCUUCUGAGACCUGCCGCAAAUCAAAUGGAAAUCUGGGUUACAACGGCAAUGAGAAAUGAUGUAUCGGACAUGGGAUUGGAUAAGAAUAUAGAAUGGACGACGGCAACAGUGAAUGGAAGAUGUUCUCUUCUCUUUGCCCAAAUGAUGCUGAGCACUUAUGAUGUACUGAUUGAACAUAUGUGGAGAAGAGUUGAAACAACAGAAUCGAAAGAGGACGCUGACAAGAUUGUUGCCUUGCUCGCGAGAAGAUCAGAGUUGGAUAUAUUGUAUAAAGAGAAAACUACUACAAAGAAAGAAAAGGAUAAGGAGAAAGAAAAAGAAGAGAAGAUUACAAUUGAUUCAAGUCAAUCUGAGAUUCUUACAAGCGCCAAAACGUUGUCCUCGAUCAUGACGAAAUUGAUAAAGCCCGCGGAAAAUGAUGGAAAUAGCACAGCUAAUGCUACGAUAAAUGUUCGUCCGGAAAUUGUAGCCGAUGUUCAAAUGGAGCUUCUUGUAUGGGUAGUUGGAAGAGCCAAGGUUUUAUCAUCAGCACUUGUCAAGGAAUAUCGCCCACUUCAUUCGAUUCUUUCCGGCACGAGUAGCUUGAUUUCAUUGUCAAAAAGCCUCAUCGAUCUCUACAUGGGAAAUAACUGCUCGAGCUGGGUGAGCGAAAUUGACACGGGAUCUCCGACGAGAACACUGGCAAUUGAGAGUUAUGCAAAUAUUCUACAAUUUCUAAGUAUCAAAUUCAAGCAAACUCCGACAAGACUCACUUCUGCAUGGUUUGAAGAAAAAGAUGGUGAAGAUGAAGAAACGAAGAGAAAACGGCAAGAACCUAAUAUUGUUGCGCUUCGCCAGGCUCACUUCCUCUCCUGUCGCCUCUUCCGACAGAUUAUAGAUGUUGAAAAUGAGGAAAUUGAAGAGGAGAAAAAGCCAAAAGCACAAUAUGAAAUGCAAGGAAGAGCCAUUUUGAAAGCUGCUUCAGCCGCUCUUAGCCUCACGAAAAAUGUCAAAGUCUGGUCGAACUUGUUUACUCGAGUCGUCAAGGUUUUAGAGGAUGAAACAUUUUACAACAAUCAAAUGCUUCGAGAUUACUGUAAAUUUAUUAUUACUUGUAGCCUUCGAUGUGCGGACUCUGAUAAAACAACUGCAAUAGAAAUGCACGAAAUUAUGGAAAAUAUUCUCGAAUUUUUAAGUGAAGAAAAUGAAGAAAUGAAAUAUCAUUUCAUCUCGAAGACGACCAUCAAUGUGUCCAUAGAAUUUCAAUUUAUGUUUGUCGAAAAAACUCUGGCAUUGAUUAGAGAUGCAUUCACUUUUCAAAAAGACUUUUUUGUGAAACCUCCAGUUUUUGAUAAUAUGCUGUGCACUCUUCUUACAAAAUGCUUGGAAGUCACUGAACUUGUAUCCAGAAUUCUUCAAAUCUUUGUACAAUACAAAAUGAUGCAGGAAAGAGUCACGGAGAUUAUGACAAGUUACUUCACCACAAUUCAGAUGGGAGUUGUAUUGCUUCAAAAUCUUACAAAAGGAUGGGGAAAAGAAAUGUCCGAAUGGCAGAGUACAAAUAUUCUUGCCACGUUGGUAAAGACAAAAUUAAGGCCGAUUCUUGCGAUGGUGGACGAUCAUAUUGGAUUCUCGAAAGGAAAAGAUGAAAUGAAGAAAAAGAUUUCACAGAAAACAAGAUAUGCAAAAUCGAAACGAGACGAAAAACUAUUUUCAAAGUUUUCACACGAAAGAGAAGCUGUUCAACAUGGAAUUCUUGUUCUUUGUAAGCUCAUUAAAGAUGAUCGAUUUGAUCUUCAGAUCAAGAACAAUUCAAUUGGAUAUCGUGACUUCCGAAUCGAUAUGGAAGUUCUUCGCAACAAAUUGAGCGGGCAAGCUAAUGAAGAAGUUUGUGAACCAGCCACCAAACGAGGCCGUAGGGACCCAAGUAUGGAAGAUGAAGAAAUAGAAGAAACUGAAGAGAGUACAACAUCUGCAAGAAGAAGCUCCGAAGAACCCGAAGAGCCAAGAGAUCAAGAGAACACUGUUGGAGUGGUGAAGCAGGAGGUUGAUGACGAAGAAGAAAGUGUCUCCAGAGGCACGAGUCCAGUCUUCUGAUCAGUUAGCAAUGAAACGACAAUUAUAUUUGAUUUCCUAAUGAGUUUAAACUCUCGAGUUUUUAUAUGUGUAAUAUAUUCUUCAACACUCCGGAAUGCUUCUAAUUAGUUACAAAUGACAAAAUGGAGCUUCAUUCAUGUUUUGGUUUUUUUUUAAAUUUUCAUGACUGCUACAGUAUACCGUCUUGUUGUUUAAUCUAAUAGAAUCAUUCAAGAGUUUUUAUUCUUUCCAUUUGAAUCUCAAUUUUCACUAUUAUCAUUUGAUUCUCAUCUCAUUUUCUUACCGAUUUUCAAUCUCAAAUUAUUUAAGAACAUACCAUGUCAAUAAACUUAUUAUUUGUU